GUUUUAUUGAGAAUUUGAUAAUUGUUGAGGGGAAAUAUUUAGGUUAAGGUGUAGGAUGUAUAAAUUUAUUUAGAAUUGGGAUAGAUAAAUAAAUGGAAAGAAAUCUUAUUUUGAACCGAUGAUAAUGGCUGCAAAUAAUUUUUGCUCACUAUAUGACGUUAAUAAUACAUAAGUAUUUGCAAAUAAAUUAAAAUAAUAAUGAGCAUAGUGCACUGGACAAAUAAUAACAAUGAAUCACAAUCGAAAUCUAAUAGAUAAUCCCCUGAGACUUAGCCUAUAAUAAAGAAAAAGAUUUCAAAAAAACAAUAAAAAAACAUAUAAGAUACUUCUUUCAAAGAAUUAUAUAAAUAAUAGAAACUCGCAUAGAUUGUUAAAAAAGCUAUUGAAGACAAAGAUUGUCUUUAUGAGGAAUAUGAUGAAAUAAAGAUUUCUGGUGAGAUAAUAAAAUUGAAUGACAAAGUUAUCAUAAAAAAUGAAGAAAGGAAUGUUGAUGAUUAUAUUGGUGAAAUAAGAAAAAUUUGUACUAUUUUAGAGCCUAAUACACAGAAAUUAAUUUGUUUAUGUGAAGUGUAUUGGUUUAUGAGAAGAAAUGAAAUAAUUUGUCACAAGCCUAGAGCUAAAAGAUGGAUUGGAAAUUAAGAAAUAUUCUCAACUAAUACUAAUGAUUAUGUCUUAGCUUAGACAAUCAUAUAGAAAUGUACAGUUGUUGAUUGUGAGGAAUACUUUAAUAUGGAAAACUUGGAUUCCACUACGUAUUAUAAUCGUUUAGAAUGGGAUGUAGAAACUAAAAAAUUCACUAAUCUGAAUACAGUAUAGAUGUACUGUCUCUGUUAAUAGCCAUGGAAUCCAGAACUCAAUUAUAUUUAGGUAAUAUUUUAUUUAUAUUUGAUUAGUGUGAUAAAUGUUAAAAAUGGUACCAUUUUGAAUGUGUGGGCCUCAAAGAAGGAUCUUAUGAAAAUAAGGAUUACGUAUGUGGAUAUUGUGAUUGAAAAAAGAGCUUUGAAUUAAU